GCUUCGAGUGCCCACUGGGGCGUCCGGGGAUCCUCCUGGGCUGCUGCUUCAGAGACCCUUCAGCUCUCGAAGGAGGAGGAUCAGGCGCAGGGUCCUCUGCUGAGCCUGGGAGCCUUCCUGGCCGGGCCUUUCUUCUUGCCUUCCUGGGCGCCUGGCAGUCCCUUCUGGGCCGAAGUGAGAAAGUUUGCCCGGUGUUCCGGCCCCAUGAGGAGCGGGAGAGCCCCCGGCCGGGCUCAGGAGCUCCAGAGGGGCCGAAGCCAUGGGCAGCUGCGUCGGCAGGCAGCGCAGGGAGAGGCCCACCGCCCCGGGACACCCCAGGAAGAGGGCAGGUCGUAAUGAGCCCCUGAAAAAAGAUCGCCCCAAGUGGAAGAGUGAUUACCCUAUGACGGACGGACAGCUAAGGAGCAAGCGGGAUGAGUUCUGGGACACAGCACCUGCCUUUGAGGGCCGCAAGGAGAUCUGGGAUGCACUCAAGGCUGCAGCCUAUGCAGUGGAAUCAAAUGAUCAUGGGCUAGCACAAGCCAUCAUUGAUGGUGCUGGAGUUACCUUGCCCCAUGGCUCCCUGACUGAGUGCUACGAUGAACUAGGCAACCGCUACCAGCUCCCUGUUUACUGCUUGGCACCCCCUGUCAACCUCAUUAUGGAGCGGAGCGAGGAGGAGGGUGUAGAGCCCCCAGAGCCAGCACCCAACACUCGGCGUGAGUUCCCCCUCAAAGUGCGCCUCUCCACAGGCAAGGACCUGCGCCUGAGUGCCAGCAUGACUGACACAAUUGGGCAGCUCAAAAAGCAGCUCUAUGCCCAGGAAGGACUGGAGCCAGCCUGGCAGCGCUGGUUCUUCUCUGGCAAACUUCUGACAGACCGAACCCGUUUGCAGGAGACCAAGAUCCAGAAGGACUUUGUCAUUCAAGUCAUCAUCAAUCAACCACUUGCACCGAGGAACUGAGCUAGAGGCAGUUGGCAUGGGCCCCAGUCUGCAAUCCAGAGACUGAGCUGGAGCCUGUGAUCACAGGAAGCUGUUCUUGUUUGGGGAGGAAGCAGAUGGUAUUCCACUGAACCAAGCUGGAAGAUUUCAUAGUGGGUGGCCCAUGAGAGGUUGCCUAGGCUCACUUGCAGGAGGACACAGACAUGAGGCAGCAGGAUGGUUAUCAAAGUGGGUUUUCCCCAUAUUUUUUUUCUUUUGAUGGUCCUUUGGGCCAUUUUUAAAAACACCUCUCAUGACCCCAAAGGAUCUGACAUUCCUUCUCCACUGUCCCAAACAAUUUCCAGGCUCUGGGCUCGGCUGGUACCGAAACACAUGCCUUCUUCCUCUGCCACUUAGCUCUAGGCCAGGUGGAAAAUCCUGCACUGGGGCUUUAAGCCUGUAUGAUGGAUUGGGUAUUAUCCCUUUCAGGGACUGAGCAUAAAAAGAUUGCCACAUUUGGCACUGAGGAGCUUUUAUAGGAAGCUUGCGACCAAAGUGUCCCUCAUACGAGGAACCACUCCAGGCCUGGGGCCAGAAUAUGCUGUCAAACAUCCUGCCAAUGCUGGUCCCCCAUUUGUAGGCCUCAGGUAAUGCUGAGGUUGGUCCUAUUUGCACAAUCACUUUUGAUGAGCCAGUAAGAGGGAUGCUCAUCUUGGAUCUAUGGACUGUUCCACAUCCAGAUAAAGUGUGAUAUGGGGAAUAUGGAGGAUGGGUUGUAUGGAGUAGGUAUUAGUGUAAUUUAUCAAUAAAGUCUUUUCCAACUA